AUGGCCGAAUCGAGAAAACAGUAUAGGGGAAAUUGUAUUCCUUUCUCCUUUUCUUAUAUCUAUCUAUCUAUCUAUCUAUCUAUCUAUCUAUCUAUCUAUCUAUCUAAAGCAUAUUUCAAUCGCUUCCCACUUUCAUAUCUUUCUUUCUUCUAUCUUUUUUUUCUUUUCGUUCUGUUUUUCUCUUUCUUUUUCUUUCUUUUUUUCUGUCUUUCUAAAUUUCAUUCUAAAUUUCUUACUGCAUAUCUUUCGUUUCAUUUUCCUUCUUUAAUAUCUUUCGUCAUAUUCUUUCUUUUUAUGUUUGUUUCCUCUUUUUCUUUCUUUCUUUCUUUCUUUCUUUUCUUUUUCAUUCCCCUAUUUUUCCUUAUUUAUUUCUUUUCUUUCUUUCUUUCUAAAUUUAUUUUGUUCCAUUUUCCUCAUACCUUUUUUUAUGCUUAUUUUCUAUUUUCCUUUCUUUCUUUCUUUUUAUGUUUAUUUUCUCUUUUUCCUUCUUUCUUUUCUUUUUCGUUUCUCUACUUUUCUUUCUUUCUUUCGUUUCUUUUCUUUCUUUCUUUCUUUCUUUUCUUUCUUUCUUUCCUUCUAAAUUUAUUUUGUUCCAUUUUUCUUUUUUCAUACCUUUCUUUCUUUUUAUAUUUAUUUUCUCUUUUUUUUCUUUCUUUCUUUCUUUCUUUCUAA